AGACUGUGAUCAUGUCUGCCCCAACUCAACUAAGUGUUGUUAUUGAAGAGACACAAGUUUAUAAAUUAACCCUAACAGAUGGAAUCCCUAGCACUGUAGACAAACUUUUGGCAGCUGCGCAGAAUCAUUUUAAACUUGAAGGGAGUUACACUGUAAUGCAGUGUAAUGCAUGGACAAAGAUAUCGAUAAUCAAUUCUUCACACUAACAUCAACCGAUGUGGUUAAUGACAAGGACACAAUCAAACUAGUUCAAACAGAACCAUCUGUAAUUUUGACAUUGACUUCUAUCAGUGAGCCUUCAGGUUCCUCCACUCCAGUGCCGCUGGAUCAGUCUUCUCAAGAUGAGAGUUCCUCAGCCAGCUCAUCUGACACCAUUAUUUUACAACCUUCAGCAGAGUAUCGAUCAGAGCCAUGGCCAACCAAUUUUGUGAUACCCAUCUUUUCAUAUGGUGUCAAAAUUAUUCUUGAAGCUGGAAAUCAAGCUUAUGAACGCGAUGGCUCACUCCUUCAGGAUCCAAGUAUCUACUCUGACAUUCUAGAGAAACUUGCAGAAGCAAUCUACCACUACCAGGCCAAUCCCAGUGCUCUUCAACAACUCGAAGUUGUAGAAGCUCUACUAAACAAACACCCAUGCUUGAGGGAGCCUGGGACCUAGUAUUCAGGCACACAUGGGUGGCAGAAUCGUCUCAAAAUGAAGAUGGCCAAUUUCCGAAGCAAACUGAAAAGGCGCAAUGUCCCUUGUCCCGAGCUUCACAUCAACUCCUUGAAAAGGAAGGCCCCUGGCGAGAGAUAUUCUGCAAAAAAUGCAGAGGUGAACUUCCUUCCCCCUCAUCCAAGUGGAGAAAGCAACGACAGUCUGGAGAGGGACAGACAGGAGCUCCUUAACAAGGUUAACAGGAAGGACAACGCUAAAAUAAUUAAAGAAAAAAUGGCCAACACGUUUUCCUAUCGAAGACUCGAGGUUGUUAGUGAUAGUCCUGCUGCUGCUGACUUCAAAGAGAGAUGUCCUGGUUUGUUUUGUGAAGCUGAGAUCAAGGAGGAAUUCAGGAGAAUAACUACCAUUCCCCUGGAGCGAACCUUCAUGCACAAACUGGACGAACACACACCAAAACGUAUUACCCUGAUGAAAGCCAAGGGAGGUGCCAUGGGGAUCAAGAUGAGGCUUCUCCUGGACAGACUGAGUCAGAAACAGACAAUUGAGAUGAGGCGUGAAACCAUUAUCCGCAGCCUUAUACUGUACCUUGGCGAGAAAGAAGAGGAACUUUUUGAAGACUGCUUGGAGGACAGCCGGGGUGAUGUCAGUAACCACAUCCUCAAAAUACUCGUCGUCCACAGCGCUGAUGAGAUUCCAAUCGAUGUCUCCAUCCUUGUGGAAGGCCAUGAGAUUUUGCCAGGGUGCAACAGUACUGUGAAAGCUUGCUCACUGCUCAUGGGACUGAUUUAUGCCCUGAACUUGGCAUACCCUCCAACUUUGCGCUACACUUUUGAAGUCUUCCAAAAACUCUUGCUGGAGCUGGAUGGAUUCAAACUGUUCACAAAAGUAAACACCUUGAAGUUGAAGUUGCUUUCCUAAAUGCAUGUCAUGACUUUGUCAUCCCAGAGGAGGAAAAUGACAUCAUUUAUGGACCCUUGUUGAGGAUGUAGCAUCAUGCAUGGACUCUUGUGAAGAAAUGCCAAGAAUUAGCACUGAGUUCCAGUUCAUCUUGGUUAGUUGCCUGUCAUAAAUGUUUUUCAUUUUUUGUCAAAUAAGGUAUCUGUUAAUUACAGUGAAGAUUGUGUUCUUCACUAAGAAUGGUUAGACACCUUAAGCUGUUUAUUUUUAGUUGAUUCUGUUGAUUUUAUUUCAUUAAUGUUUUAAUUGCAUACUUAAAAGUGCACUAGUCAGAGGACAGGUUUAAAUGUUGAAAUUACACUUUUUCAGUGUGUAGGUUUGUAAGAUUUUAAUUGCAUAUUUGAGAAGUGACUAUGUUACCAGAUCUAUGUUGGAUUUGGUGUAUAAUGUGUAAUACUGUGUAUUUGUUGUUUACCAGUCAUACCAACCUUUGGAUAUUUUCUUUAAAAUAUAUACUAUUACUACUAUUUACUUUGAAUACAUUUUGCUGGAGAUACAUCUUUAAUUUACUGUUAGUACACAUUCUAAUGCAGUACAAUAUAAUGCACUUUUACUAUUAACGCAGUACUUGUACAGUACAUUCUGUUUUUCCCCCCUAUUUAAAUAGGGGUAUACAUAAUCCAUACAACGCUGCUCGAAGUUUAAG